AUGCAACCGCUCAAGAUCCUCAUCACCACCUUCCUGGCUGUGGCCACCGUCACAGGCCACCCCAGCCCUGAGCCCGAAACAAUCGUGGAGUUCCAGCCCCUCUCGACCAAGGACGUCUUCUACAGCGCCCCCCGGCACGACAUCCACUGCGGCGGCAAUGGCUGGCCCAAGAAGUACGAAUGGAACGACAAGAUCCAGUUCAAAAAUGUUCUGGGCUGCAGCGAAUCCAACGAGAAUUGGGAGUUUCCCAUCCUGGAGCACGGGAUCUUCGAUGGCAACAAUGCCAAACCGGAAGAGGUCGACUGUGUGGUGAUCCGCAGGAUUGGGAAGCGGGAAAUGGCGUACUGCGGGCUGGUUACUCACUUGGUAUAUGGACAGUGGCUGAUUGCUGCAAGAUGCUCCCAAGCCGAAGAAUACUGA